AAAUAAGUGCUGGACACAGUUGUCUGGUUCAAGUUACCGCUAGGUUUGAGCAUUUUGCUGCCUGUGCGUAUGUGGUAUAGUGUAAAACCCAAGACAUUUAGUGCGUGUUUUGUGUCUAUCGCCCUUUUUUUGCUGUAACCGAAUGCAAUGUAAAGACAGAAGAGUUUUUCUGUCUUUUUAGUUUUUUUAGUUUGAUGAUUGGUGUAAGCUAAACAUGAAUAGGCGUGCACUAAAACGUGUUUAUUCACAGUUGCCUAUCUGGAUCGUAGAAGACCACAACGAUGUUGUGCGUCAUAUAUAUCGUGCUAUUGGGUCAAGGCACCUUCCAAUGAAAAAUAUAAAAAUGGUUCACCUGGAUUCGCACCCAGACCUUUUAAUUGCUGUAAACAUGCCAGCGGAUACUGUGUUCGACAAAGAAACCUUUUUGAGUGAGCUGAGUAUUGAAAACUGGAUCAUGCCAAUGGUGUAUGCUGGACACAUAUCUCAUGUUGCCUGGCUACAUCCAUAUUGGGCCCAGCAGAUCAAAGAAGGGGAGCAUUCUAUGUUUGUAGGACGAGACUCAUCCACAACUACAAUCAGAGUUACAAGCACAGAUGACUACUUCCUCAGUGAUGCCCUGUAUGUCCCUCAUGGUCAACUGGAAAACCCCAAGCCUCUCCACCUGAGUGUCAUCAGAGUGGACCCUGUUCCGGACCCUCCUUGUAAUCAUGACGAUGCCACAGGAAAAACUUCUGCCAAACAAUUAAAAACAGAGGUCAAUGGUGCAAAUGAAGCUUCAAACAUCGACGACAAGAAUAUCUGUAACUCAUCAAAUCCACUGGGGGGCAGUGUUGUCCCUGAAAACAAAGCCGAUACACCAGAGCAAAGUUGUGAGCCCAUUGAUGGCUCAACAGACAAAGUGGUGAAAAGUCUCCUGUCAGUGAUUGGGCAGUCUGAUUCAUAUAUCCUCGACAUUGACCUUGACUUUUUCUCAUGCAAGAAUCCGUUCAAGGAGCUGUACACUCAGGAAGAGUAUGUUCUUCUUCAGGAGCUGUUUGGGUUCAGAAAAUGCGAUGAGGAUCGGAAUGAGGAGGAGCUGCGUGAUUGUGUGGACAGACGCACUCAUCAGCUGGAGGAUCUGGAGGCCGCCUUUGCUGACCUGCUGGAGGAUGACGGCCGGGAGACGGUGGAGCGCUGGGCUGCUAACCCCGGAAUGGGCCCUUUAGUCCAACUUGUAAGUAGCCUGAAGAACAGAACGGCGUCGCCCGACUAUGAAAUGGUCCACCAGGCCGGGCUGACCUGUGACUUCUCAGAGCUUCCCCACCACGUCAGCAGUGAGGGAGAAAUCCAGCAGCUGCUGCUUGCAGUGGAGCGCUUUCUGAAGGCCCUGCCCAGGCCCACUAUCGUCACCAUGUCCAGGUCCAGUUUGGACGAGUACUGCCCCGUAGACCAAGUGGACUCCAUACAGAGCCGCAUGUUGGAUAUCCUGGAGAAGCUGUACGGCUCACUUGCUGUGUGUAAAGACUAUGAGUCAGAGGCGGCUGGCAGCUCAUCACAAACCACUUGAGAGGAAGGCACAUUUUUCGCUUGGUUCUGGAGUGUAGGUUUUCUUAAGUCCCCUGUUUUUUCUGUUUGUUUUUUCUUUGCUUGCUUUCAGAGCCCCAGAGUUUCCAUAAAGAUGAUUGAUGCUUGAUACAUGAGCUUGACCCACACAUGCUCUUUUUAUGAAACCGAUUCUCGUGACUAUCCAUCAUGGUUAAGAGUUUGCAUAGAUGUAUUUGGAUGGCAGUGUACACAGGUUAAUCUCAUUGUGUAACUUAUUUUUGUGAUGGUAGGUAACAGUCAUUUUUAUGUAAAUCAUCUGUAAGCGAUGUGAAUUAAUACGGUCAAUACAGCCCGUACCAUCAGCUAAACAGGCAGGAGCGCUGGUUGUUCUUUUGGAAACACUGACAGUAAGGAUGGCUUUGUUUCAUAAGCCUCUUAAAAAAACGUACCAACGGAAUUGGGGAUUGAAGAUAAGCGAAGGGAGUCUGAAUGCCUUCUGCAUAAUAACAUGUAAAUUAACUCACAAUGUUAACUGCUUGAGUUGCAUAAACCUGCUGUUUCUCUCAAUUGGGUAGCUGUCUGUUGGAAACCAGUGCAGUGUUCCUGUGCACUCAGCCAAAGCCUCAGUCACUCCAUCACUGUCAUCAGGCCAUCAUGAGGCAGCCAAUUCACUCUACCCCAGGAGCUCACCACUUAGACUGUAAGGGCCUCAUUAAGGCCAGUCAUUUGAAGCAGUUAGAGACUAUUUCAAAACCUGUUUCCUUUUUGUUCAGUAGUUCAAUAUAUGGCUAAUAUGAUUUAA